CUGGGGCUCCGCAGGAGGCGGAGAGGCUGCGGGAGAGUCUGCCGGGGGGAGAUCCAGACGUGCCCCGGAUACAACAAAGUGAACUUCUUGCCAUAUGAAAUUAUCUCUUGGUGGGGAAAAGAGCGGAAAAGCUUUCUGCUGUCAUUCCGAUGGAUACAGGAUCGGUCCUAUGAAUGAAAAAGCAUUUGGAGAUCCACAAGAUCCUAUGGACCCAUUUGGAGUUGGGUUCCAGGGCAGAGAAAGAAUGGAGACAAAACUUUUAGCAAGUCAGGGAACUGGAAAAGGCCCUUUGGCUGUUCAGCCUGGGAAUUGUGGGGAGAUCUGGACAGAACUGGGCAGAAGAUCCUGGAGGAGGAAACCAUCCUCCCUUCAGAAGUUCAGCCCAGGAAUUUCAUCCGAUACUUGGAGGCUGAGGGUCCCCGAGGACUUUGCAACCGACUCCAGGACUUUGUAGGCGAUGGCUGAGACCAGAAAAACACACCAAAGCCCAGAUGCUGGACCUGGUAGUUCUGGAGCAGCUCCUGGUCCUUUUGCCCCUGCAGAUGGAGGACUGGGUGAGGGAGUGUGGAGCAGAGACCAGCUCCCAAGCGGUGGCCCUGGCUGAAGGCUUCCUCCUGAGCCAGGCAGAGGAGCAGAAGGAACAGGUCGAGUUGCAGUCCUUCAAUAUGGAGAUCAGAGAUCCUGACGGAAGGAGGAAUCCAUCCACUCCCUUUCAGGAGCUGUUCUCCGGGAGGAUCCUUCAGGAAGAUCCAAGUCAGGACACCUCAGAAGUGAAACGUGGAAUGACGCAUGGCCUUUAUGGUAGUGCUGAAACAGUGGAUGAAGCAGCUGAAACUCAUAAGGGUCCUCUGUCCUUCGAGGAGGUGGCUGUGUAUUUCUCAGAGGAGGAGUGGUCUCAGCUGGAUGCUCACCAAAAAACGUUGCAUUGGGAAGUUUUGCUGGAAAAUUAUAGGAACAUGACCCUCUGGUAAGGAUUUGGUACUCCAUAAUCAGAGAAUUUGGGAACAUUCUGUAGUUAGAUGACAUCAGCUUUUUCUCAUCGUAUAUGUCCUCUGGGAAGGAUAAGAAGCGAUCUGGCCUUCUUUUGCUCGAGGAAGGAAAGAGGUCAAUGGCUCUUUGCUUUGAUGCUUCUCAUCUGCUGAAUUUUAAAUUCAUCAUACAUUUUAGCCUCUA